AUGCCCCCCCAGGAUUCUCCACCGCCCAGUCACCUCCCGGCUACCACCGCCAACAUUUCUCCUCCACUCCCGCCCGGCUCUUCCGCUCCGAUUCCCCUCCGGUCCCUUUCUCCUCAUUCCCGGCCCUCCUCUGAAAUCUCCUCCUCGCUAGUAGGCUCCUCACGCGAGAAGCAGGGCGCCCGGAGGUCCCCUUCGUCCUCUCCUCCCCUGACUCCUUCGGAAUCAGCUUUCUCGGUCUGGUCGGAUACCGGAGACUUAGCCGAGCAACUUGCCAACGAGCAGGACCCUUUACGCAUACAGCUGGAACCCGGCCUCGACCACGGAAGCUCUAAUCGAUCUGGCGCCCGCUCGCGAAGCUCUCGGAAACGGGUGCGUUACGCGGAGCAAGAAGACGAGGUUAAAGCCAAAGCCGAGAUCUCAAAGGAGGCUAUACGCAUCCCGGAACCUCCUCAGCGCACACCUUCGCGGGUAGAAAUCCUCCUUGCUGCCAUCAUGUCGCCAGGAGACAGACGGACAGCCCAAAUGCACGGGCUGGUGGGAAAACCACUUCUGUACUUUACAAGUGUUUUUGUAUCAUUAGGCGUUUUUUUGUUUGGAUAUGAUCAAGGCGUUAUGUCCGGAAUCAUCACAGGACCAUUUUUUAAGGAUUACUUUAACCAACCAACGCGCGCGGAGAUCGGAACAAUGGUUGCCAUUCUCGAAGUUGGUGCCUUCAUUUCAUCGCUCUGCGUUGGUAAAAUCGGUGACAUCAUCGGCCGAAGGAGAACUAUACUUUACGGAUCCAUCGUCUUCUUCAUCGGCGGAGCUCUCCAGACCUUUGCUACGGGAAUACCGAUGAUGCUGGUUGGCCGUAUUAUUGCUGGUCUGGGAGUCGGUGCUUUGUCCACUAUUGUCCCCGUUUAUCAGUCCGAGAUCUCCCCUCCGCACAACCGUGGCCAGCUUGCUUGCAUCGAGUUUACAGGCAACAUCUGUGGCUACGCAGCCAGUGUUUGGGUAGAUUACUUCUGCAGUUUUAUCAAUAACCAUUACUCUUGGCGUCUACCAUUGUUUCUCCAAUGUGUCAUGGGUGCGCUUCUAGGUUUUGGCAGCCUUAUUAUCUGCGAAUCGCCCCGGUGGCUAUUGGAUGUUGACCAUGACGAAGAGGGAAUGGUUGUCAUUGCUAACCUGUAUGGCAAGGGUGAUAUCCACAACGAUAAGGCCCGCCAAGAAUAUCGUGAUAUCAAAAUGGACGUUUUAAUACAGCGUCAAGAAGGCGAACGAAGCUACCUAGACAUGUUUCGUCGUUACCGUAAUCGUGUCUUCAUUGCGAUGUCAGCUCAAGCGUUUGCGCAGCUCAACGGUAUCAACGUUAUAUCCUACUAUGCGCCUCUUGUAUUUGAGUCUGCUGGCUGGGUUGGGCGCAAUGCUAUUCUAAUGACUGGUAUCAACGCAAUUACGUACCUUGGCUCAACUAUACCCCCUUGGUACCUGGUUGACCGUUGGGGAAGGCGUCCAAUUUUAUUGUCUGGCGCCGUCGCCAUGAUUUUCUCACUCUCCCUUAUUGCCUACUGGAUUUAUCUUGAUAUUCCCGGCACUACACCAACCAUGACAGUUGUUUUUGUCAUGAUAUAUAACGCUGCAUUCGGUGCCUCAUGGGGCCCUAUCCCUUGGCUCUAUCCACCGGAGAUCUUGCCCCUUAGCAUCCGUGCAAAAGGUGCGAGUCUGAGUACUGCGACAAAUUGGGCCUUCAACUGGCUGGUUGGAGAGCUUACUCCAGUUCUUCAAGAGGUCAUUCAGUGGAGGCUUUAUUUAAUGCAUGCGUUCUUCUGCGCUACAAGUUUUGUUGUUGUUUACUUCCUUUAUCCAGAAACUAGUGGCGUGCGGCUCGAAGACAUGGACGUACUCUUUGGCGAUGCUCCUUCUGAAAUGCCAACUCCAGCAACUCCAGCUGAACGCAAUGCUCUGAUGGGUGCUGGAUCGCCUGUUCCAUCUCUUGACAUCCAACGUGGGCCUCCAGAAGCAGCGAUUCCUGGGCUUAACCUUAGCGCUCCCUCCGCAAGUGGCAACAAUGGAACAACAGGCAAAUCCGUGGAGGAGGCAAGCCGCGGCGAAGGUAUUGGCGGAUGGAUCACAAAUAUGAUUAGGCGUGGAAGGCAGGGCAAGAAAAACGAUAACCAAGGAGAGUAUCGAAGAGUCGAUCAGGAUGAAGAGGGUUGA